CAGCGGCGGAGGCGCGCGACAGGACUCGGCGGAGGUUAUGUGUUUAUAUGAAUUAUUAUAAAUGAUAUUAUGCUGCAGUGAUCGCCCUGACAGCACCAUUACAGGCUCAUUGACGCCUCGAGACGCGAUGUUCGACGAGCACUGACUGCGGCAGCUAAAGGCUGAUGUGUGAUUCCCGCUCUGGCCCUGUCCGCCAGCAUGGUAGACAUGGAGAACCAGUACAGCGCCCCGACGCCACUGAACGACGCAGUGCUGGACAGCCCGUUGUGCAGGGACUUCAUCGGGGGAAUGGGAGACCUUCAGGACAUCUCUCAGUCCAUGGAUGAAGACGCUCUCAGCAGCUUCGAGGUGACCGAGAACCAGUCGUCGGGUCUGGGCUCCGGAUCGGAGAGCUCCACUGCGUUAGAUGCCCUGACUCCUGCGUCCAGCCCGUCAUCAUGUGUGUACGGUGGCCCGGCGGGACCAGAAGAGUUCACCUCCACCUCUCUGAACCUGGAGUGCCGCGUGUGCUCGGACCGCGCGUCAGGAUACCACUAUGGAGUUCACGCAUGUGAAGGCUGCAAGGGUUUCUUCCGUCGGACCAUUCGCCUCAAACUGGAGUAUGAUAAGUGUGAACGCCGCUGUAAGAUCCAAAAGAGGAACCGAAACAAGUGCCAAUACUGUCGCUUUCAGAAGUGCCUGUCUGUGGGCAUGUCCCACAAUGCGAUCCGCUUCGGGCGAAUGCCACAGUCGGAGAAGCUAAGGUUGAAGGCAGAGAUCCUGACGGGAGAACGAGAGGUCGAGGACCCGCAGCUGGCCGAUCAAAAAACCCUGGCCAAGCAGAUCUACGAGGCCUACAUGAAGAACUUCAACAUGAACAAAUGCAAAGCACGGACUAUCUUGACGGGCAAGACGAGCACGCCGCCCUUUGUGAUCCACGACAUGGAGACGCUGCAGUUGGCGGAGCAGACGUUCGUGGCGAAGAUGGUGGGCUCUUCUGGAGGGCUGCUGAAUAAGGACGCCGAGGUCCGGAUAUUUCACUGCUGCCAGUGCACCUCGGUGGAGACGGUGACUGAGCUGACGGAGUUCGCCAAAUCCGUGCCAGGCUUCUCAGACCUGGACCUCAAUGACCAGGUGACAUUAUUAAAGUACGGCGUCCAUGAGGCGCUGUUUGCCAUGUUGGCGUCAUGCAUGAAUAAAGACGGUUUGCUGGUGGCGUACGGGAGCGGGUUCAUCACCAGAGAGUUUCUGAAGAGCUUGCGGCGGCCGUUCAGCGAGAUGAUGGAGCCCAAGUUUCAGUUCGCCAUGAAGUUCAACUCCCUCGAGCUGGACGACAGUGACCUCGCGCUGUUCGUUGCUGCCAUCAUCUGCUGUGGAGAUCGGCCGGGCCUGGUGAACGUCCCGCACAUCGAGCGAAUGCAGGAGACCAUCGUUAACGUGCUUCAUCUGCAUCUGAGGAGCAACCACCCCGACCACGGCUUCCUCUUCCCCAAACUCCUCCAGAAACUCGUGGACCUUCGGCAGCUGGUGACGGAGCACGCUCACCUCGUGCAGGAGAUCAAGAAGACGGAGGACACGUCACUGCAUCCCUUACUGCAGGAGAUCUACAGAGACAUGUACUGAGGCCUUCAAAACACAGAAACCACUAUUUCCAG